GCACGCAUGCGCAGUCGGAUCAGGCGCGCUGAGGAGACGGAGGCGGAGAGAAAAUGGCGUCGGCGGUGGUGUCUGCGUCGGGUUUGGAGAGCGGGCCCAAAAUGGCCGAGCACGGCGGAGGAGGAGGGAUGGCGCCGAACGGGGCCGGCAACGGGGACAUGCCCAAGAGCGAUGGGGACCGCGACCGCCCGCACCCGAGCGAGAAGCGUAAGGACAAGAGUGCCAAGCGCGGGGGCGGCGGGAGCCGUUUCCAGCCCUACGGCAACCCCUCCAAGCGCUACCGGGCCUUCAUCACCAACAUCCCCUUCGACGUCAAGUGGCAGUUCCUGAAGGACCUGGUCAAGGAGAAAGUUGGUGAGGUAACAUACGUGGAGCUCUUAAUGGACGCGGAAGGAAAGUCAAGGGUAAGUCUUUUGAGAGCCUUUCUUCUGUGGAUGUGCUGUAUUUCAUCGCGUAACGGUCGCCUGCCCCAUCAGACGACCCUUUCUGGGCCGCCUGAAAAUGGUGAUUUUUUUAUAUAUAUAUAUAUUCCUCGCAUAAUAGUCGCAACCUCGUUUGGGCCCGAUUUUCCCUUCCGACCUUCUUUCUCCAAAGGCAGUUUAAAAACUAUUAAAAUUGAGGUCUCUCCUUUCUCCUUCCUUCUUUCUCCGAAAACAAUGUAGCUUAAAUAUUAUUAUUGUUAUUAUGAUUAUUAUUAAGAACUAUAAAAUACAUCUCUCUGGAGCUCCACUCUUCUUUCCUUUCUCCUUCCUUCUUUCUCCGAAAACAAUGUAGCUUAAAUAUUAUUAUUAUUGUUAUUAUGAUUAUUAUUAAGAACUAUAAAAUACAUCUCUCUGGAGCUCCACUCUUCUUUCCUUUCUCCUUCCUUCUUUCUCCGAAAACAAUGUAGCUUAAAUAUUAUUAUUGUUAUUAUGAUUAUUAUUAAGAACUAUAAAAUACAUGUCUCUGGAGCUCCACUCUUCUUUCCUCUCUCCUUUCUUCCUUCUCCGAAAACAAUGUAGCUUAAAUAAAACUAUUAUUAUUAAUAUUAUUAUUAUUAUUGUUAAGAACUAUAAAAUGCAUGUCUCUGGAGCUCCACUCUUCUUUCCUCUCUCCCUUCUUUCUCCGAAAACAAUGUAGCUUAAAUAAAAUUAUUAUUAUUAUUAUUAUUAUUAUUAUUAUUAUUAUUAUUAUUAUUAAGAACUAUAAAAUGUAUGUCACUGGAGCUCCACUCUUCAAUGUUGCUUAAAUAAAAUUAUUAUUAUUAUUAUUAUUAUUAUUAUUAUUAAGAACUAUAAAAUGCAUGUCUCUGGAGCUCCACUCUUCUUUCCUCUCUCCCUUCUUUCUCCGAAAACAAUGUAGCUUAAAUAAAAUUAUUAUUAUUAUUAUUAUUAUUAUUAUUAUUAUUAUUAUUGUUAUUAAGAACUAUAAAAUGUAUGUCACUGGAGCUCCACUCUUCAAUGUUGCUUAAAUAAAAUUAUUGUUGUUAUUAUUAUUAUUAUUAUUAUUAUUAUUAUUAUUAUUAAGAACUAUAAAAUACAUGUCUCUGGAGCUCCACUCUUCUUUCCUUAAAUAAAGUUGUUAUUAUUAUUAUUAUUAUUAUUAUUAUUAGGAACUAUAAAAUGCAUGUCUCUGGAGCUCCACUCUUCUUUCCUCUCUCCCUUCUUCGAAAACAAUGUUGCUUAAAUAUUAUUAUUAUUAUUAUUAUUAUUAGGAACUAUAAAAUGCAUGUCUCUGGAGCUCCACUCUUCUUCAAUGUUGCUUAAAUAAAAUUAUUAUUAUUAUUAUUAUUAUUAUUAUUAUUAUUAUUAUUAUUAAGAACUAUAAAAUACAUGUCUCUGGAGCUCCACUCUUCUUUCCUCUCUCCUUCCUUUUAAAUAAAAUUAUUAUUAUUAUUAUUAUUAUUAUUAUUAUUAUUAUUAUUAUUAUUAAGAACUAUAAAAUGCAUGUCUCUGGAACUCCACUCUUCUUUCCUCUCUCCUUCCUUCCUUUUUUCCUCGACAACGGAGGUCUCUGAAACUCCACUCUUCUCUCCUUCCUCUUUUCCUCCGUGGACUGAAGGCUGUUUUGCAAAACGUGGCGGUUUUAGAAACCCCUUUUCAGGUUUUCUAAACUACCGGAAGGGUCUUAGGAGGGAGGAGAGAAGAGUGGAGGUCUCUGGAGAAAGAAUGAAGGGAGGGGAAAUCGGCCCCAAACUACUCUAUAAAUAACAGAAACGGAGCUUGUUGUUUGAGGCGAUAGGUUUGAGAUAAGGCAUUUUGUUAUUAUUUUAAAUAGGAUUUUUUCCCGCUUUUGUAAUUGUCUGACACCGCUUUUUUUGAUGGAAUAAGGGGAGAAAGGUGCGACUAUUGUGCGAUGAAAUGCGGGGGUUUUUUUUCCUGAGGAAUUUGGACGCGUGUGAUGCAGCGUCCUGUUGCGAGGAGUCGUGGUUUUUUGUGUGUGUGGUUGUUGGGUGGGUGGGGAGAGCGGGAGGAAGUGGGGAUUUGGGAUAAAUCCCGCAGCCCGAUCCUGCUGUUGUUUGUUUGGGCAGAAAGCACGGGCCCAACAAAGGCCCCAACCCCAGGUUGUCCAUGUCUUCUGGUGGUUUUUUGGUGUGGACGAGGCCCAGGUCUGUAGACUUGGUCUUCAGCUUGAUUUGUAGGUCAGUCGGAAGAGGCGCAUUUUUUCAGUGUCACACUAGCCAGAUAUAUAUACAGGGUGUCCAUUAAAAGUCUCUUUACCAUUGAAAAAUAUUAUUAUUGAUGCAGUAUCGUCAUCAGAUUUGUAUUAUUGUUAUUAUUACAUUUAUUAUUUUUUUCUAUUAUUGUUACUACAUUUAUUAUUUUACUCUAUUAUUAUUACAUUUACAUAAUUUUACUGUAUUUAUUAUUCUUAUUAUUAUAUUUAUUAUUUUACUCUCUUUAUUAUUGGCAGAAUACAUCAGCACAUUUACAUUGAAGAAGGUUAGAAUAAUGAUUUAAUCAGAGUUGGACAAUCUUAUUUUUAUUAUUAUUACAUUUACAUUAUUUUACUGUAUUUAUUACUCUUAUUAUUAUAUUUAUUAUUUUACUCUCUUUAUUAUCGGCAGAAUACAUCAGCACAUUUACAUUGAAGAAGGUUAGAAUAAUGAUUUAAUCAGAGCUGGACAAUCUUAUUUAUUAUUAUUAUUAUAUUGACAUUAUUUUACUCUCUUUACUAUUAUCGGCAGGAUACGCCAGCACAUUUACAUUGAAGAAGGUUAAAAUAAUGAUUUAAUCAGAGCUGGACAAUCUUAUUUUUUAUUAUUAUUACAUUUACAUUAUUUUACUGUAUUUAUUACUCUUAUUAUUAUAUUUAUUAUUUUACUCUCUUUAUUAUUAUCGGCAGGAUACGCCAGCACAUUUACAUUGAAGAAGGUUAGAAUCAGAGUUGGACGAUCUUAUUUUUAAUUACAGUUUUAUGUAAAUAUUCAAAAACAUUUAACCUAGUGAUGCCUCAAUUAAUAUAAUUUUAUUGGUAUCUAUUUUUAUGUUUGAAUCUCUUUAUUAUUAUCAGCGGAAUACAUCAGCACAUUUACAUUGAAGAAGGUUAGAAUCAGAGUUGGACAAUCUUAUUUUUAAUUGCAGUUUUAUGUAAAUAUUCAAAAUCAUUUAACCUCGUGAUGCCUCAAUUGAUAUAAUUGUAUUAGUAUCUAUUUUUAUGUUUGAAUCUCUUUAUUAUUAUCGGCGGAAUACAUCAGCAUACUUACAUUGAAGAAGGUUAGAAUCGGAGUUGGACAAUCUUAUUUUUAAUUACAGUUUUAUGUAAAUAUUCAAAAACAUUUAACCUCGUGAUGCCUCAAUUGAUAUAAUUUUAUUUUAAUUUAAUGUCAUUUUAUUGGUAUGUAUUUUAAAUGUAUUUUUAUUUCCUUGGUAUCUAUUUUAAUUUAAUGUCAUUUUAUUGGUCUCUAUUUUGAAUGUAUUUUUAUUUCCUUUUGCAAUAAAUUUGUUAAAGG